AUUGUCAAACGGUCACAUUGACUUCGAGAAAACUCGUGAAAUUGUAAAAACAAGCAGAAAACUACAAUUUAAUUAUUGCCAACACAGUAAAUAACUUUAAAUAAAUAUGUCAUUGUUUGGAGCGUUAAUGGGCGAUUUUGAUGAUGAUCUCGGAUUCAUGAACAAUCACAUGAACCAUCACAUGAACGCAAUGAAUAUGCAAAUGCGGUCAAUGAAUCGCUUGAUGAAUUCCUUUAUGCCCGAUCCGUUCAGUAUGCUCGCUCCAUCCCCAUUUGAUCCGGGAUUCCAGCAGGGCGCCCUUAUGGAACGCAGUCAACAGGCCAUGGCUCCUAUGGGCGGAGGACUCUUUGGUUUUCCACCAAUGCCUAGUUUCAAUCGCUUGCUUAAUGGUGCUGAUAUGGGCGCCACUAAUGGCGCUUCAUUUUGCCAAAGCAACGUCAUGACCGUAUCAACUGGUCCGGACGGACGUCCUCAGAUCUAUCAGGCUAGUAGCAGCACCAAAACUGGGCCAGGCGGAGUGCGAGAGACACGCAAGACCGUUCAGGAUUCGCGUACAGGUGUGAAGAAAAUGGCCAUUGGCCAUCAUAUUGGCGAGCGUUCGCAUAUUAUCGAAAAGGAGCAGGAUCUACGCUCUGGCCAGUUGGAGGAGCGUCAGGAAUUCAUCAAUCUGGAUGAGGAGGAGGCCGAGCAAUUUGAUCGCGAGUUCACAACGCGUGCCAAUCGUGGAGUCAUGCCACAUGGUGGUCAUCGCGGUGGCAUGCGCGCUAUACAGGCUCCAGUAUCGAGCGGUUCGACUGUAACUAUUGAGCCACUGGAUGAUGAUGAUGAUGAUGAUUGUGUGAUCCAAGAGCCAUCGCACUCGGGUCGACCCGCAUUGCCAGCGCCGCCAACAGCUCCACACGGCAGCGACACAGCAGCAACAACAUCUUCGCCUCAUCGCAACGCCGCAAUUAUCACAAGUCCAGCGCCGUCAUCACCCACAGUCUACGGCGUUACAAAUAAUAACUAUUUGGGCGGAAACGGAAAUGCAUCGUCGUCGUCGCGUCGCGCCUACCUGCGUAACGCACAACAUUUGGCCACGCCCCGUCGCCCACUGCGAACACCUUCGUCAUCACCGUUGGCCACAGUUUCCAGCGCUAGUCACAGCAUUGCCGGCUCGCCAAGAGAUUGGCGUUUAUAUAAUUCGCGUUUCUAUCGCAAGUAGAGACAAAUUACACAUACUCUACUACCGAUAUCACAAUUAAUAAUCAAAUACACAUAAAAUAAACCUAUAUAUAAAUAUAUGAUAUACUACUACCAAACCACAACGUAAUUGAACAACGAUCAGUGCCGUUAGACGCGAUAAACCGUCAACGCUAUCACAUCCAAUACUAACCCGUAACGGCGUUAUGCGACGAUUCCACAUCCACAACUAUGUCUUCUUCGCCUGCAUCGUAGACUAGAUUAUCAACGCCUGCGACGCUAAACACACAUCAUCGUUACGUCACCGCAGCGCAACGCAAAGCAAAGCGACGCCUCAUGUUACGUUAUACAUCCACAUCCCUAUGCUGCAAAUCACGCAGCCGCACGCCGUCAACAGCGUCUGAAGCACCAUCACCAUCAUCAUCAAGGCAAUGGCAAUGGAGGAACAACAGAAGAAGCAACUGAGCCCCGCAUCAAAUCGGC